AUGGCUGUUGACAAGGAUGUAGUGCUGCGGGAUUACCCUGAUACCUUCACGGAGGAGUUUAUUCACUACUGCCGCGCCAAUCACCUCCCCCCACAGUUGUUUCACGACAUGGCUGAGUUUAUGGGAACUAUGCCACGUUAUGUCUGUGUGCUUCCACAUGACGCGUGUUCGACCGUCCCGCCCACUACCAUGACGACCAGCAGCGAUGAGAGUUGCGUGACGGCUGAGUUGGCCGAGUUGCUUGGACUGAAUGUUGGGGAAGUGAUUCCUGUUCCGUGGUUGCCGCGGCGACAUUUUUUCUCUCUUCCUCGGAGCACUUCUAUUGGCGUCCCCACGCCGCCCUCACCGCGCGUGUCUUUACUGUCGAUGGACGCGGCCUCGGCGGCGGCGGUGGUGGCGCUGCGGCCGCUGCGGGGGGAAAUUGUGUGGGACGCCUGCUGCGCGCCCGGGGCGAAGUUGGGGCUUCUGGCGGCCGCCGUUGGGCCGUUGGGGGCGGCGGUCGGAUCGGACGGGGGGGCCGCCCGCCUCGCCGUCGCCCGUUCGCUUCUCCGCCGGCGGGGGGCCGCCAACGUUUGUCUUCUCGCCGCUGACGCCCGCCGCCUCACCGCCGCCGACGCCGUGCGGGUCGCUCAGGGGGAGUCCGGCCACCGCCGACAGAAUGGAAUGACCGCCGGUGAGGAGCGGGAACUGCAGCGAUGGUCAAAGAGGCAGCGUGAAAAUGAAGGAGAAGGAAAAGGAGAAGGAGAAGAAGGAAAGGUGAGACUCGCUUUUGCAAGCGAUGAGGCACGCAAGCGGCUAGAGAAAAUGGGAAAUAGUAAAGAAGGAGGAGGCUAUGGUGGAUUUGAUCGGGUUCUUGUGGAUGCGGAGUGUUCACAUGAUGGGUCACUAGCACAUAUGUGUCUUAAUGAUGCAAGUAAAACACCCUAUACUGCUAAUGGGGAGGACCCAAAUGCUAAAACUGGAAUUGACAAUAUGUACCGCAUGAAGCGGUUAAAUUUAGCCUUAAAAGGAAGUGCUAAUACAAAUACAUCAACUGGGAAGGAUCUUCCUCCAUUAGUUUUGUUACAACUGGAACUUCUUAAAAAUGGUUAUACACAACUUAAACCUGGUGGGACUUUGGUCUAUUGUACAUGUUCUUUUUCAUAUCAGCAGAACGAGUUUGUUGUACAGGAAAUGAUGCGUCUUGUGAAUGCCAGUAAUGAAACUAAACAAUAUUAUGGGGGAGAAGCAGUACUAUGUCACCCUUUCGAAUAUGUGCAUGAAACAGCGUCUCCAGACUUAGUUUCUCCGAUAGUGAAUCUGACAGAGGAACAGGCUAUUUUUCUACGGCAACAACUGGAUACAGCUGGAGAUCCAUAUGGGAUUGUUACUGCAGGAAGUAUGACAGAUGAUAGCUCCAGUAAUAAUGGCAGUGGUAGUAGUAGUAGUAGUAGUAAUAUUGUUGGUGUACGGUUCUGGCCUCAGACCUUCGCAACCAGCUUUCAGUUCAUCUCUAAAAUAUGGAAAAAGCCGUUUCAACCUUCGACCAGCGAGUAG